CCGCAUUUAUAGGAGGAGCGGCCGGGCGCCGCGGCAGGGCCCUCCCCGUCCCGCAGACGCCAGCGGGGCGGUGGCCCCGGUUAAAGGGGAAACUUGUCAGCGCCGCCGCCCGCUCCGCUCCGCCGCUGCCGCCCCGCGCCCCUCGGCUCCGCCGCGACUUCUGCCCUCCGCUGCCGCCAAGAUGCUGCUUUUGCUGCUGGGGAUCAUCGUGCUCCACGUCACCGUGCUGGUGCUCCUCUUCGUCUCCACCAUCGUUAGCCAAUGGCUGGUGAACGGCGGGCACACGGCGGACCUCUGGCAGAACUGCACCUCCGGUAGCGUCUUCCACUGCCUGACCUCCUCCACGAACGAAUGGCUGCAGUCUGUCCAAGCGAUGAUGAUCCUCUCCAUCAUCUUCAGCGUCUUGUCCCUGUUCCUGUUCUUUUGCCAGCUGUUCACGCUCACCAAGGGCGGGCGGUUCUACGUUACCGGAGUCUUCCAAAUCCUUGCUGGGCUCUGCGUGAUGAGCGGCGCGGCCAUCUUCACAGUGAGGCACACGGACUGGCACCAAGCCUCGGAAAACACCUCCUACGGUUUCGCCUAUAUCCUGGCGUGGCUGGCCUUCCCCUUGGCCCUCGCCAGCGGCAUCAUCUACGUCAUCCUACGGAAGCGGGAGUGAUGCCGCGGGAGGCGGCGUGGCGUGACAAGGGCACUCAUGACGUCCACGGAGGAGACGGAGGCGGGGGAAAAUAGACGAGAAAACGGAAAAGAAAAUUAACCAGAAAAAAAAAAAAAAAAAAAAAAGAAAA